CAUACAUAAAUCGGGUAAAUUUAGAUAUCUAAAUGGGUGAGAAGAACAGACUUCAAUAAAGAAUAGAGAAUGUAGGGUGCGGUAGGAAAGUAGGUUGAGAUGAGCAUCAACUGAUCGGCCUCCUCUUAUAACUAGUAAAACAUGUUCAAUAUCAUUCCGUUUCCACUGAAACUUGAUGUGUUUUUGAAUCAUGUGCAAAGUCUGAGAACAUCAUGCAUUACUACCAGGUCAGCCAUAGAGAUUUCUACGGCAGUCUGGCUUCCUUGAGGAGUUGACUACUUGGUAAAUAGUACAUACACUACUAAAUUUCUAUGUGAAUUGUUGAUUGGAGAAUACAUUUGCUGCUAUCUUACACUUGCAGUGAAACAAUAUUCAGUAUUCUGGGAGUGCUUACCCCUCUGGAUUUUUGAUUCAGAACAUGAAUUGGGUUGUUAAAAUGCACUGAAGAAACUAGCGUUGAUGCUGUACACCUGCUCUUACUCUUUGCUUUUUUCCUUAUAUUAGAAGCAUUUUUCUAGCCCUACUAGCAUUCAUGUGUACUCUUAGAAAUCCCAGUAACUCUGUCGAUAAACAAGGCAUGGAUAGCAGUCUAUCUGAGCCUUUGUUGGCCCAAAAUUCAGCUGGGAAAACCCAACAAACAGAACUAGGCCAUGCGAGUUUGCUUAGCAAACUGAUAUUUUCUUGGAUUAAUCCUUUACUGAAAUUGGGUUUCUCAAAAACUUUAGCUCUAGAAGACAUCCCUUCUCUGGUUUCUGAAGAUAAAGCCAAUGAAGCAUACCAAAAGUUUGCUAAUGCAUUUGAAUCCCUGUCAAGAGAGAAGAGCUCAAGCACUACGAAGAACCUGGUUCUCAGAGCCAUAGCAAAAGUUUACAUGAAAGAAAAUAUAUGGAUAGUAUUUUGUGCAUUCCUCAAGACUAUUGCAGUUGUAGCUUCCCCUCUUAUACUCUAUGGUUUUGUAAGUUACUCAAACAGUGAGAAGGAAAGCCUCUCUGAAGGCCUCAUGUUAGUAGGGUGUCUAAUCAUCGCCAAAGUUGUUGAAUCUCUGAGCGAGAGAUGCUGGUUCUUUGAGUCGAGAAGGUGUGGAAUGAGAAUAAGGUCAGCCUUAAUGGUGGCAGUCUAUCGAAAGCAGCUGAAGCUUUCUAGUUUGGGAAGGACAAGGCACUCAGCUGGAAAGAUUGUGAACUACAUAGCGGUGGAUGCUUAUCGAAUGGGUGAGUUCCUGUGGUGGUUCCAUUCAAUGUGGAGCCUUUCGUUGCAACUAUUGCUUUGCAUUGUUGUUCUUUAUGUGGUAGUAGGUGUUGGUGCUCUGCCUGGCUUAAUUCCUCUAAUUAUUUGUGGUCUCCUUAAUGUGCCAUUUGCAAAGGUACUACAGAAGCGUCAGUCCCAAAUCAUGGUAGCUCAAGAUGAGAGGCUUAGAGCCACUUCUGAGAUCCUAAAUAAUAUAAAAAUCAUUAAGUUGCAAUCAUGGGAAGAGAAGUUCAAGAACUCGAUUGAUUCCCUUCGCGAAAGAGAGUUCAAACCAUUGGCUGAGGCACAAGUACACAAGGCUUAUGGAACUGUUUUGUUCUGGAUGGCACCAACUAUCAUUUCUUCAGCUGUUUUUGUAGGAUGCAUUGUUUUCCAGAGUGCUCCUCUAAAUGCAAUUACCAUAUUUACGGUUCUAGCAGCCUUGAAGAGCAUGGGAGACCCUGUCCGAGUUAUACCAGAAGCUCUUUCUGUAAUGAUCCAAGUCAAGGUCUCAUUUGAUCGGCUUAAUGAUUUUUUGAUUGAUGAAGAGAUAAUGGAUAAUGAAAUAAGAGAACUCACAUCACAGAAUUCAGAUGACAUCUUAAAAGUAGAAAAAGGUAUGUUCAGCUGGAAUCCUGAAUCAAGAAUCCCAAAUCUGACAGAUGUGAAUUUAGAAGUAGAAUGGGGGCAAAAAGUUGCAGUUUGUGGAUCAGUUGGUGCUGGAAAAUCAUCUCUUUUGCUUGCUAUUCUUGGAGAAAUUCCCAAAAUCUCUGGAAAUGUUGAUGUAUUUGGAACCAUUGCCUAUGUUUCUCAGACAUCUUGGAUACAAAGUGGGACAGUCCGCGAUAACAUACUUUAUAGGAGGCCAAUGGAGAAGACUAAAUAUCAGGAGACCAUAAAAGCUUGUGCUUUGGAUAAAGAUAUUGAUAGCUUUCAGCACGGGGAUCUUACUGAAAUAGGACAGAGGGGCAUUAACUUGAGUGGAGGACAGAAGCAAAGGAUUCAGCUAGCAAGAGCUGUCUAUAGUGAUGCUGACAUCUAUCUACUUGAUGAUCCCUUUAGUGCAGUUGAUGCAACUACAGCUGCAAUUUUAUUUCAUGAUUGUGUCAAGGUUGCUUUAGCAAAGAAAACUGUGAUUCUGGUGACUCAUCAAGUUGAAUUUCUCUCAGAAGUUGAUAACAUCUUGGUAAUGGAGGGCGGAAGAAUUACUCAAUCCGGAAGCUAUGACGGUCUCUUGACAAAAGGAACUGCAUUUGAGCAGCUUGUGAAUGCUCAUAGAGAUGCAGUAACAACAUUGGACAGCCCAAACUACCAAACCCAAGAAUCUGAGAAGGAAGAUAUAAUCCAACCAGAAGAGUCUCAAAGGACUAAUCUUGCCGGUGAAACUGAAGGGGAUACUUCCAUGGCGGGCAUUCCUGGGGUUCAGCUAACAGAAGAAGAAGAGAAAGAGAUUGGUGAUGUUAGCUGGAAGUCCUGUUGGGAUUAUAUUUUUGUUUCCAAGGGAACACUUCUUCUAUUCUCCGGGAUAUUAUCACAGUUUUGUUUUUCUAUUUUUCUGGCUGCUUCAACUUAUUGGCUAGCUCUAGGCAUUAAGAUUCCUAAUAUAACCAGUGCUACACUGAUUGGAGUUUACACUGCAAUUUCUUCACUCUGUGCUGUCUUUGUAUUUCUAAGAUCAUAUUCUGCAGCCCAUAUGGGAUUAAAAGCUUCUAGAGCCUUUUUUGAAGGUUUCACCGAUGCUAUAUUUAAAGCUCCCAUGUUGUUCUUUGACUCAACCCCUGUUGGGAGGAUUUUAACACGAGCUUCAUCAGAUUUAAGUACUCUAGAUUUUGAGAUACCCUUCUCCAUUAUGUUUACUGUUUCGGCUGUUAUUCAACUGCUGACAACUAUUGCAGUUCUGGCUUCCGUGAUAUGGGAAGUUCUCAUUGUAGCUAUUCUCGCAACUGUUGCUGUACAAUACGUUCAGAGAUAUUGUCAAGCCUCUGCAAGGGAACUAACAAGAAUCAAUGGAACAACCAAAGCUCCUGUUAUGAAUUACGCAGCUGAAACAUCACAUGGAGUGGUCACUAUAAGGGCUUUUAAAAUGGUCAACAGGUUCUUAGAUGACUACCUAAAGCUAGUUGACACUGAUGCCAGACUGUUCUUUCAUUCUAAUGCAACCAGGGAGUGGUUAAUAUUAAGGACAGAAGCACUUCAGAAUUUGACCCUUUAUGCCACUGGUUUUCUCCUUGUUUUACUUCCUAAGGGAUACAUUUCUUCAGGUCUUGUGGGGCUCUCUCUUUCUUACGCCUUAACACUCACAACAACACAAAUUUAUCUGACUCAAUGGUAUUGCAACUUAGCAAACAACAUAAUAUCAGUUGAAAGGAUAAAACAAUUCAUGCAGAUUUCACCAGAGCCUCCUGCAAUUUUGGAGGACAAGAGGCCACCAUUUUCAUGGCCUCAAAAGGGUAGAAUAGAGCUGCAUUGUCUGGAGAUAAAAUAUCGUCCGAAUUCUCCACUAGUUCUCAAGGGGAUCACUUGCACAUUUCAAGAAGGGACUAGAAUAGGAGUUGUUGGAAGGACAGGAAGUGGAAAAAGUACACUCAUAAGUGCUUUGUUUCGUUUAGUAGAGCCGAGCAGUGGAAAAAUUAUUAUAGAUGGACUUGAUAUCUGCUCUCUUGGUCUAAAAGAUUUGAGAAUGAACCUCAGCAUCAUCCCUCAAGAAACAACUCUUUUUAGGGGCACCAUCCGAACCAACUUGGAUCCUCUAGGCCUUUACUCGGACAAUGAAAUAUGGACGGCUUUAGAAAAGUGUCAGCUCAAGGCAACAGUCAGCAGCCUGCCUAAUCUGCUAGGCUCAUCUGUGAGUGAUGAAGGGGAAAAUUGGAGCGCUGGGCAACGCCAGUUGUUUUGCCUUGGAAGAGUGCUUCUCAAGAGGAACAGAAUUCUAGUUCUAGAUGAGGCUACUGCUUCCAUCGACUCUGCAACAGAUGCCACUCUACAAAGAAUCAUAAGGCAAGAAUUUGCAGAAUGCACUGUGAUAAUUGUAGCUCAUAGAGUUCCAACAGUCAUAGACAGUGACAAAGUUAUGGUCCUCUCUGAUGGGAAGCUGGUGGAGUAUGAAGAACCUUCAAAGCUAUUGGAUACCAACUCCUACUUCUCCAAGCUUGUAGCUGAAUAUUGGUCCAGUAGCAAGACAAACUGAUAAUUGCCCAACAUGCGUGUCUACAACCAUUGAUAUCCAUCUGCUUCAUUUUCCAUUAUUUUGCACAAUUUUUGGUAAUUGACUAAUUGUGAGGUUAAGACUUGGGAGUGCCCUCUCUUAUUUCCGGCCAUGUUUUCUUUUGAUUUUUAUCAGUAAAACCUACUUUCUGGUAACUAUAUAUACGGAAUUAUGGCCUGAUGGGGUCUUCGCUUCUAUAUGUCGAGAAAAGUAACAGAGCAAAAGGAAUA